AAGUGCCGUCGUCAGCUCCGUCGUGCACACGCAACAGUGUCUCCUGGCUGUGGGCUUUAUCCCGUCGUGUCAAUAAUAUCGAUGAUAAUAGGUUUGUGAACCCUGAAAUCUGAGAUAAACCGUCUGAGAGAUGGUCAGGCGAUGCGCUGACGAGAUGCUUGAGGGGAUAAGAUACCCCGGGGAGGUUUGCCCUUCAAAGAGAGCGCAACAUUCUGUAGUGCUGUUUUUCUCAACGCGAGCGUGUGUGAGCCCACUGCGAGGAUGGCCAUGGAAACCCAUCACUUUCUGUCAGGAACCGUACGAGAGAAGGGCAAGACACCUUCAGUGAUCGAUUACAAGGGUGUCCCCGUACCCGGAUUUCUGCUGCCGGAGUGUGUCGAUGCCGCCUCCAAAUACAAGCCCACAAAAGAUGACCUGUUCAUUGUCACGUACGUCAAGUGCGGCACUACGUGGAUGCAGCACAUCGUGUACCUCAUUCAGAAUCAGGGAAUACCACCAACCAACGCGGGACAGUUCUACCUAUCGAGCCCAUACAUUGAACUCAUGGGCACCGAAUUCGUGUCCAUCAUGAAAAGGCCGGGCGCCAUAAAGACACACUUUCCUUACCAUCUGGUUCCGUUCAGUCCAGAUGCCAAGUAUAUCCUUGUGAUUCGGAAUCCCAGAGAUGUCAUCGUGUCUCUUCAUUACCAUUGGCUCAUGUUCCCGGGAUACGAGUACAACGGAACUUUUGACGAUUCUUUUGAGAACUUCAUGAGUGGUGAGGCCGACUACGGCGACUACUUCCAGUAUUACCGGGACUGGUACGAUCACAAGGACAAGAAGAACGUGCUCUUCGUCGUCUUCGAAGAUCUAAAGCGCAACCCUGAGACGGCGGUUCUGGAGGUGGCUAGGUUCAUGGGCAACGGAUACGAAGAGACGCUGCUAGCAAACAACAAGGAGAUUUUAAAAAGGGUCCUUAAGUACAGUCAUGUGGACGAGAUGAAAAAGUACACCAACGACAUGAUCCACUCGUUUUUCCAGUGUGAACUGGAGACAAACGCUUCGAGAGGACUUAGGCGCUUCCACGAUUCCAUUCGCCAGGCCGGGCCUGAUGCACCAAGGAAGGUCAUUUACGUCCGCAAGGGAAUCAUCGGGGACUGGAAGAACCAUUUUUCCCGCGAGCAGCUGAGAAGGCUGAACGAGAAAUUUAAAAGAGAGACUGCUGGCACAGAACUCGCCACACUGUGGCCUGACAUGGAUUUCGUCUAGACGUUGAGACACUAAACGUGGAGGAUAAUAUGCAGGGUGUUUUGUUUUAUGUUUUAGACAUUUGUGGAAAAAAAGGGAAAAUAUUCACUAAUCCGGUCUGCUCAAGUGAAUUAUUGUGCCUGGUAGAUAAAAGUAAACAAUUGAAUUGUCACAAUAAGUGAACUAAUUAACAAGAAUUUCUUAAUUACAUUUGUUUAUUAAAAAGAGACCAAUUGUUUUAAUUAAAACUUUGGUGAGCCUCAUAAAGAGCACCAAAUAUGUAUAUAUGGAAAGGUUUGACUACACGUGGGAGGAGUGGUGAUGCGCCAGAAAUUAAAACUCGUGCAACGGGCGCGUGCUGGUGGUGCGAAAAGGAGAAUAAUAAAAGACGAAAGAAAUGCGCGGGUGCAUUUUUGCAUUACUAA